CCUUGCUUGAGUUGAUAAAAGUUUUCUAAGACUUCCUCCAUCCACAGAUUGUUUCACUCACAUGGUCCCAGGUUAAAGUAAGCAAUGCUUCAGACUGAGAAGUGAUUCCAUUUCAUUGUAACUCACUUUCGGAUUGACACACGUUAUCCUUCCCUUUGCCAUACAAGGCGAAGUUGAGGACGAUACCCAAAUUCACGAAGCUCUUUAUUCCGCCUUCACUGACUUCUAAAUUGAGCACAGCAUCUGUGCAUGGCCUCGAUCAAAUGAACGUAUCGCUUGGGCAAGCUUCUUCCGUUCGAUGCAGGGAGACUUUGGCCAGUGGGACAACCGGAUCCACCUCUCAAGAUCGCCCGGGCUCAACCAUCAAACUCGUCAUCAGUUCCACGGCCACUAUGAUGAAAACGGUCAGAAAGGGGUAGGGACUUCGAGUCAGAUAUGAAGAAGGACGUGCGCCAAAUGGUCCAGCAGAUACGGGAGACCUUUGAUAGGAUAUACUCUACAAAGAAAUAUCGAACGACUCUCCCCACAGCAGAUCGAGGCCGCCAAAAUAAUCUCAUCGAUACUGUCAUGCGCCUGAAAGCACAGUUGGCGCAAGAAACCAAGAAAGAAUUCGAGAAGGCGAACGAGCUCCUCAAGGGCUCAGUGAAGGAAGCGGCGAGAUUUGAGUGAGUUGCAAAGGUGAUACAGUUCGGCAGUGAAGGUAUCCGAACUUUCACAUCCGGGUCCUUGCAAAGCGGGCCAAUUUCAGACAGAGACAUGGAGUGGCAUUGCUUUCAUAGUGUUGCGGCGUGGCCCAGCACUAAGUCACUCAUGCUGGGGAGUCGGUAUUUGCUUUGAAGAUAUACUCAGCCACGGACAUAGCUUAGAUUGCAGUCUAAUUAGGCAUAGCAG